GGGGGAUCGGGCCGCCAUGGACGACAAGGCGCUUACCAAGGAGCUGGACCAGUGGGUCGAGCAGCUGAACGAGUGUAAACAGCUGAACGAGAAUCAAGUGCGGACGCUGUGCGAAAAGGCUAAGGAAAUUUUAACAAAAGAGUCAAAUGUACAAGAGGUUCGUUGUCCUGUUACCGUCUGUGGAGAUGUUCAUGGUCAAUUCCAUGAUCUUAUGGAACUCUUUAGGAUUGGAGGAAAAUCCCCAGAUACAAACUACCUGUUCAUGGGCGACUAUGUGGACAGAGGUUACUAUUCCGUGGAGACUGUGACUCUUCUUGUAGCAUUAAAGGUGCGUUACCCAGAACGCAUUACAAUAUUGAGAGGAAACCAUGAAAGCCGACAAAUUACCCAAGUAUAUGGCUUUUAUGAUGAAUGCCUACGAAAGUACGGAAAUGCCAAUGUCUGGAGAUACUUUACAGAUCUGUUUGAUUAUCUUCCACUUACAGCUUUAGUAGAUGGACAGAUAUUCUGCCUCCACGGUGGCCUCUCUCCGUCCAUAGACACACUGGAUCACAUAAGAGCCCUGGAUCGUUUACAAGAAGUUCCACAUGAGGGCCCAAUGUGUGAUCUGUUAUGGUCAGACCCGGACGAUCGCGGCGGAUGGGGUAUUUCACCGCGCGGUGCUGGCUACACGUUUGGACAAGACAUUUCCGAAACAUUUAAUCAUGCCAACGGUCUCACACUGGUUUCUCGUGCUCACCAGCUUGUGAUGGAGGGGUACAACUGGUGCCAUGACCGGAACGUGGUCACCAUUUUCAGUGCGCCCAACUACUGCUAUCGCUGUGGGAACCAGGCUGCUAUCAUGGAAUUGGAUGACACGCUAAAAUAUUCCUUCCUUCAGUUUGACCCGGCACCUCGUCGUGGAGAGCCUCACGUUACCCGGCGCACCCCAGACUACUUCCUAUAAACUCCUCCCUGGGAAAAUCCUGCCUUUGUAUGUGGAAGUGUACUGGCUUAAAAAUACACACACUCACACACUCACACUCAGCCGCAGUAAUCUGUGCGUAUCUGUAACAGAUUGGGAAUUGGGCUCUGUCUUGGCAUUAAACUGUAUCAUGGACCAAAACAUGCCACCCUCGCCACGAGCACUGAGCGCCACGAUGAGCGCUGAGACGGGAAUGCAGUGCAGUUCCAGAUGAGUCGGUCUUAACAGUCUGCCUGCCGUGUCUGUAGUGAACGUUUUUGGACUGUCAGAGCAAAAAUACCCCUUCAUCUCCUUUGGCACUUACUUGGACAUUGUAGUUUCGGUGUUUAACUGGCAUGGAUUAAUAGAGUUGGGAUUUUAUUUUUAAGAAAAAUUCACAAGCUAACUUUCACUUAAUCCAUUAUCCUUUAUUUUACUGAAAUGUGUAAUUAACUGAAGAAAAGAUUCUUCUUGGAAGUAUGUAGUCAUAACAUUUAAAGACAUUUCCCUUCAUCUGAACUGAAUCACGGUUUUACGUCGAUUGGCAUAUUACUGUGUGUUUGUCUGACGGCGCUUGCAUCCCUGCGGUGUACUGAGCAAAUAAACUUUUCAUCUUAAACAAAAACAUUGAUUUACUGUGAUAUACUUGAAAUGAAACUUUUAUUAUUUUAAAAUUUGAUAUAAAAUCUUGUAAUGAACAGUGGCGUUGAGGUCAUUUAAAUUAAUGUUCUUUGUAUAAGGCUUAUGAGAAAAAAUUUAAAUAGGACCUGAUGUCUUUUAGAUCAUGAAAAAGUCAUUUGUAGCCUAAACAUUUUGUUAGGUAAUUUGGGUUAUUGUAUUCAAUGUUUUUAACUAUGAAUUGUAUCUAAAACUGUAGAAUAUUACGUAGCUGGGAAGACUCUUUUAAAAAACAAAAUAUAUGACUAAUCUCCAAAAGAGUUUAGUAGAAAUACUAGUAAUCACACUAAACAAAUGUACAUGUAAAUUCCCAAUAGUAGAGGAGAGAAUGGGGAGUCGGUUUGGGGGUGAAAGACACAAGAGGAAAAACUAUGUGUUUGUACAAGAAAAGGUGGUAGAAGUUAACUGUAAAUAUCUGAAAAUUAUAAUCAGUGUGAAUGGAUGGAAUUCUCUAAUUAAAAGACAAAGGGUCAAAUGUGGUUUGUUUGUUUUUUAACCAGCUAUAUACCCAUUAUCAGACACACACCAACAGCAAAGCGAGUUGGGUAGAUUGAAAAUAAAAAGAUACAAUAGAUCAAGAAAGUACUGAACAAAGGACAUUUGAAGUAGUUAUACGAAUAUUAAGUGGAUUUGUGAUAAAAUUGAAGAGCAGAGGGUCAAUGCAAAUGAAGUUAGACUUCCUUUACCUGUGUGCACACACCAAAAUAGCCUCACUAUGGUAAAAACAGUAAUCCUUAGAAAUGCAGAGGCAAAUUGAAGUUCCCGUUACAGUGGCAGGUUGCAGCUUCCUUUUCUAUUAUUAAGUCAAAAAAGAUGUGGAAGAUUUGAGUAACAUUUUAAUAAGCUUGAUGUAAUGAACAUACCUAGACCUCUGCACCCUAACAGUUCACAUUCUUGUCAGGUUUCUAAAAAUUGGCGAUUGUUACAUAUCAAAAAACUUUUUAAAAAAUUGAUUAUGUCACACUAAAAUCUGACUACAGUGCAGUUAUUUUAGAGGUCAAUAACAAAAAUACAACUUUCUGAAAGCCAAUUUGAAAUUUGAAAAAUGAGGAUCCAAGAUGAAAUAAAGGAAACUUAAAUUCUAUAAGAUAAAAUUCAGAAAAACUCUGUAAAAAUGUGGACAAAACAUAGAAUACCCAAAUUUUGAAAAAUUAAGAAAAUUACAUUCAUCUCCCUAUUUGAAAACUUAACUAUUGCAAAACUACAGUUUUUGAGACAGUAUAGUACAGGGGUAAAUGGACACACAUAGAUCAAUGAACAGAAUCGAAAGUCCAGAAAUAAAUGCUUAACAUUUAGAGAAAAUUGUUUUUCAACAAAAACAAGGCAGUUAAUUGAGGGACAGAUUUGUCUGUUCAACAAAUAGUGUUAGAAUAGUUGUACAUCUGCACGGAAAAGGAUGACUUUAGAUGCUUCCCUUAGAAAAACAGUCACCAAAAAUGGAUCAUAGAUUCAAACAUACGGCCUGACACAAACUUGUACAAGAAAACAACCCCUUUCAGACCUUGGGUUGGGCAAAGAUUUCCUAAAUAACUACACUGGAAGAAUGGAAAAUGAAAGAAUUGGUGAAUUGAACCUAUUGAACCAAAAAUAAAAAUUUUUGUGCUUCAAAGGAUGGAGUUAAAAGACAGUACUCUGCAAGAAAGUAUUUGCAAAAUGUAUCUGAUAGAGGACUUGUGUCCAUGUUCUGUGAGAACUCUCACCACUGAGACUAUUCAGUCACAUGGGCAGAAGAUGUGAACAGACACUUCAUGGAAGAAGCUGCACAGAUGGCUAAGAAGUACAUGAAAAGAUUCACAUCUGCCAUCUUGGUAUUGGUUUUCUGUUUGCCCCAUAUAUUAUUUUUUUCUUAAUUCCUUUGGAUUAAUGGAAUAUUUUUCAUUUAUCUCCUGAGUGACAUACUAGCUGUAUCACUGUGUUCUGUUACUUUAGGAUUUUUGGUAUAAAUCUUACUGUCUACCUUCAAGUAAUGUUGCAUAGAAUUUAGCAUAAGAACCCUGUAAUGUACACUUCCAUUUACCCCUUAUCACUGUGCUGUUGUCAUAUAUUUUGCUUUUUUACAUGUAUUAAACACCCUAUAUAACAUUACUACUUUUGUUUGAACAUUAAUUAGACUUAAAUUUAAAGGAAGUUAAAUAAACUUUUAUGUAUUUACUCAUGUUAA